AUGCAUCCCUCAACCGUCGCUGCCAUCCUCGCCUUCACGGCUGGCAUGACCCAUGCUGCCCCCGCCUUAGGCCCGGCCUUGUUCCUCCCCAAUACUCAGCCGACCAAGCUCCGAACCACUCUUGGCAAGGCUCGAGUUGACUCCAACUUGGACGAAGUCAUUGACGAUGUGGAGAUCAAGUCCGCUGCAAAGAGGGACUCUAAGAACUCUCGGCUCCGCAAUGUUGGGAGUGAACCAAAUGCUCUCGGCCGAAUCGCCUAUGAUGAUCCGCUUAUGAUCCUUGAACAACAACAACUUCCUGAGGCGAAAAAUUCCGUUGCAAAGAGGAACUCUCAGUCUGGCAAGGAUGAGUUCCAGAACAAUUUGACAGGUCGCCCGGUGACCCUUACUCCUGAAUUGUUGGAAAUACUCAAUCGUCAUCAGCCAUCGACUGUGAAGAGGGAUCCUCAGCGCGUUGCUAAAGGUCGCAAUGGCGAGCCUGUCUAUUUCUACGACGACGUCUUGACUGUAAGCCAGAAAGAGUCAGCUGAGAAGAGGGACCCUGAGGCUCGUCGUCGACUCGACCGGAUCAGCGACGCUAUUGAUGUCGGGACGGGAGCUAUUGGCCUCGUGACUGAUGGAAUCAAUCUCGGCAAGACAAUCGCAGGAUCCCAAAAAGUUGCGAAGAGGGACCCUCAGCGCCGUAGUCGCUUUCGUGACGGUAAUGCCUACCUCGCAGUAGAGCGAGAACCGUCCCCAUUGCCUGCAUCCGUUCAACACGCACCAGUCAAGCGAGACCCUCAGCGUCGAAACAAAGGCCACAUUGUCGGCAACGUUCUUGAAGGUGGAGCUGGAGCUAUUGGAGUUUUUAGUGAUAUCCUCGGUAUCCAUCAAGCUGUAAAUCCUGCGCCAGCAAAGAGGGACCCUCAGCGUCGAAACAAAGGCCACAUCGCCGGCAACAUUGGCGAGGCAAUUGCUGGCACCAUUGGAGCAGCCUCAGACAUCCUCAAUAUCCACCAAACUGUGAAUCCCGCGCCAGCAAAGAGGGACCCCCAGCGCCGUGGUGGUAGCAAGCUUCGCAACUUUGGCAAGGGUAUUGAAGCUGGAUUCGAUACCAUCGGAGCGAUUGGAGAUCUUGGCAACAUUAUUGGAGCUACCCAGCCCCAGCCAGCUAAGAGAGAACCUGCUAGGAAGCUUCGCAACUUUGGCAAGGGUAUUGAAGCUGGAUUCGAUACCAUCGGAGCGAUUGGAGAUCUUGGCAACAUUAUUGGAGCUACCCAGCCCCAGCCAGCUAAGAGAGAACCUGCUAGGAAGCUUCGCAACUUUGGCAAGGGCCUUCAAGCUGGAUUCGAUACCAUCGGAGCGAUCGGAGAUCUUGGCAACAUUAUUGGAGCUACCCAGCCCCAGCCAGCUAAGAGAGAACCUGUUGGCAAGCUUCGCAACUUUGGCAAGGGUCUUGAAGCUGGAGCUGGAGCUAUUGGAUUCGUCGGAGAUCUCAUCAAUAUCGGUGGAGCCGUCCAGCCAGCUAAGAGGGAAGUUUCCAAUGAGCUCGACAACUCUGACGAGGAUAUUGAAGCCGGAGCUACUGAACACACCGGAGAUUUCGUCAAGCGGGACCCUCAGCGCCGAGGCAAAAACUACUUUAUUAGCAAUACCGUUGAAGGCAAAGACAGACCUUUUGGAGACGUCAAUGAAUUCAUCGGUAUUGAUCCUACUAUCCAGGGUCAGCACGCUAAGAGGGAGCCUGCUGGUAAGUUCCGCAACUUUGGUAAAGGUCUUGAAGCCGGAGCCGGAGCUAUUGGAGUCGUCGGUGACCUCAUCGGUAUCGGUGGUGCCGUCCAGGGCCAGCACGCUAAGAGGGAAUUGCAGCAAGGUGAGGCCGAGCAUGCCGACGAUGUCUCUGACAUCCCAGCUCAUCAUGAGCUUGAACUUUGCACGGAGAGUUCAGACUCAACAUGCGAUAGCACCUUGGCUGCUGAGACGGAGGAGUAA